CAUGGCCACCAGCACCACGGGCUCCACGCUGCUGCAGCCCCUCAGCAACGCCGUGCGCCUGCCCGUCGACCAGGUCAACUUCGUAGUGUGCCAACUGUUUGCCUUGCUUGCGGCUAUUUGGUUUCGAACAUACCUUCAUUCAAGCAAAACUAGCCCAUUUAUAAGACAUGUUGUUGCAACCCUCUUGGGCCUUUAUCUUGCACUUUUUUGUUUUGGAUGGUAUGCCUUACAUUUUGUUAUACAAAGUGGAAUUUCCUACUAUCUCAUGAUCAUUAUAGGAGUGGAAAACAUGCACAAGUAUUGCUUUGUUUUUGCUUUGGGAUACCUCACUGUGUGCCAAAUUACUAGAGUCUAUAUCUUUGAUUAUGGACAGUAUUCUGCUGAUUUUUCUGGUCCAAUGAUGAUAAUUACACAGAAGAUCACUAGUUUGGCAUUUGAGAUUCAUGAUGGUAUGUUUCGAAAAAAUGAAGAUUUGACACCAUCACAGAGGUGUUUGGCUGUAAGACGCAUGCCAAGUCUACUGGAAUAUUUAAGUUACAACUGUAAUUUCAUGGGUAUCCUGGCAGGCCCGUUAUGCUCUUACAAAGACUAUAUUACUUUCAUUGAAGGCAGAUCAUACCAACUGCAACAGUCUGAAGCAAAUGGGAAGGAAGAUACAAAAUAUGAACAAACGGAUCCUUCUCCAAAUAUAGCUGUGGCACAGAAGCUCUUAAUCUGUGGACUGUCCUUACUCUUUCACAUGACUAUUACAAAAACAUUGCCUGUGGAAUACAACAUUGAUGAGAACUUCAGAGCUACAGCAUCGUGGCCCGUAAGGGUUUUCUACCUAUACUUGUCUCUCAUGGCUGCCAGACCCAAGUAUUAUUUUGCAUGGACUUUAGCAGAUGCAAUUAAUAAUGCAGCAGGAUUUGGUUUUAGAGGCUACGACAAAAAUGGAGUUACGCGUUGGGAUCUAAUAUCAAAUCUGAGAAUCCAGCAGAUAGAGUCUUCCACAAGCUUCAAGAUGUUUCUUGAUAACUGGAAUAUCCAAACAGCUCUUUGGCUUAAAAGAGUGUGCUACGAGCGAGCCACCUUCAGUCCAACAAUCCAGACGUUCAUCCUUUCUGCCAUUUGGCAUGGGGUUUACCCAGGAUAUUACUUAACAUUUUUAACAGGAGUGCUAAUGACGCUGGCAGCACGAGCUAUCAGAAACAAUAUCAGACACUAUUUUGUUGAAUCUCCUGCUGUUAAACUAUGUUAUGAUAUUAUAACAUGGAUGACAACGCAAGUAGCAAUAAGUUACACAGUUGUGCCAUUUGUACUGCUGUCUGUGAAACCCUCUUUCACCUUUUACAGCUCCUGCUAUUUCUGUCUUCAUAUCGCCAGCAUCCUGGUGUUGUUGGUAUUUCCAUUGAAAAGAACUCAAAAAGGAAAUAAAAAGCAUGAAAGCAUCCAGCCAGCGUGGUCCAAAAAACUAGAAGAAGAAAAUCUUUUGCAAAAGAACAGUUAUUCCACAACAAAUAAUAGUUUCAGUCAGAAAGAAGAAAUAACCUGCAGAUAUGAAGCACUAAAGCAGUGAUUGAGGAGUAUUAUGAUCAAUAUAUUUUGUAUGUUUUCAGAAACCCAUUUUUAGCACCUUUUAAAGGGGUUUGUAUUUGUUUGCAAAGAUGUUUAGUAUGACAAGAAUGCAUUACCUAGGAAAAUCACAUACAAUAGCAAGACUGGAAACAAAACAGAUUAACCCCUCCCAUGCCAUGUCCCGGUGGGUCACGCCUUAUAUGAAGAUAUUACCAUUCUUUCAAUGGGCACUCAGGACUUGCAACGUAUGUCCAUAGGGUCAUAUGUGUGCCCUCUGCUGAAUGUACGUUGUGUAUCCCAAGGCACUGAUGGGGUGAAAUGAAAUCGUGUCAAUCUAGGAUUAACAAAUGGAAAUUGAUUUUUCCAAAUGAAUGACUUGCCUUAAACCCUCUAUUUACUGAAACAUUGUUUCUAAGCGGUAUUUUCAAGUCUGAUUUUGUGGAAAGUAUUUCAAAUAUUUAAUACUAUAUGCUAUAAAGAAGGUAAAAUAUGAAAUGCAGAGUCAUUGGAAGGUUUUUGAACCUCUUCUCUAAAAGGGAAUUGCAAUAAGCAUCUCAGUAUUUGGAGGGUUUUCUUAAAGUAUCUCAAACAAUUACAGUACAUUAUGGAACUGUAAACAUUACUGAUGCCAAAUCAUAGUUAGGUUUCUGUGACAGAAUCUAAUGAAGCAUAGCCCUUCUGAACAGAUUAAAAAAAAAAAGUCAUCUCAAGCUUCUCCUUUUCCAGGGCUUCACAGCUCUAGGUUAGGUUUCCUUUAAUUUCAAGUACAUAAAAACAACAAAAAACACCACUGAUUGGGCUUUGCAGUUGGGGAAGGAAAGGCAGCCAAAGGAUGCUGAGGACAAUGUGCAAGCACAGAAUUUCAAUGGAAAUUUGUUUUUACCCUUAAGUACCAGAAAUAUUUGUCCUAGAAUAUAAUUGUUUUACCAAAAAAGAGGUUUUAGUACUUAAAAAAAAAGUAAUUUUGAGUUUUAAGGCAUACAGUAGUUGAUGAUGCUAGCAGUAAUUAACUUGAGAUCUAGUUCACAAUCAAAUAUGAAAUCACCAUGAUGAACAAGAUCUGUAUGCUUGACCAUUGAUUUCUCUUUAUGCAAAGAAGUGUAUGAACCGGGGGAAAAGAUUUUUCUUUAAAUUAGAAUGUUAGAUGCAGGUUUCACAUGGCACUUGUAGGUAAAAUAAUGAAAGAAAGAAAUGCGUGAGAAUGUGUAACUGACUGAAUCAUGGCAGAAAGUCAAGGGAACCAUGCAUUGGUUCUGUCUGCGCCAGACCGUGUGUUGAGAUGAUGGUCGCUGCUGGAGUACUGUUUUAAAGGGCUACAUUGUAAUUGUUUGUAUUCUGUGUUAUCUUUUUCUUUUAGUAAGCACAACUGCUUACCCACACCUAUGGGCUCUAAAGAUAAAACAAAGUACUGCAGGGGAAAAAUCACACGGCUCGUUGGGUAACCUAUGACCGAGUGAAAACAAAUAUGUCAUGCUGUUUUGAUCCUGAUAUUUUUGAUCAAACAUCUGGCACCAGUGAGGUCAGUGUUCCCACUCCGGGGUCAAUGUUGCAUUCCAGGGAAACUGCAGUGGUCGUUCUCAGCUCUGGGGGCAUUGCUGUGCAGAAAUAUCACAGUAUUUGUCCCGUUUGCUCUCCAAAAACCAAAUCCUCAGUCAAGUCUCUGUGACCUCACUGUCGUAAUUCUGUGUCUGGCCUUUGGCUCCUUGCUUGAAACUUCAGGAGGAAAACAUACUUUUUGUUGUUAGCACUUAGCAUACUUCUUGUAGGUUAGCACUAAAUAACUAACUAUUUAAGUAACUAAUUAAGUAAUUAACACUUGGAAAGGUGGAACCAAAUGUGAAAUGAGUCUUAGAUAGGCAGGGAUGUUCGUUGUUUCAGUGACAGCUGUAUUAUCUUAAAAAGAAAAAAAAUCAGGUUUCUGAAUCCUUAUGUUGGUCAUUCAAGCAGGCUUCCCCUUUGCAUGGGGCAGCCACUGUCAUCAGAUGUGUUUUUGAAACAGCAUUUUUUCUUCCAUUGUUUGUAAAUAAGGGCACACUAAUUUCUUUAUGCUUAUUUAUCCUCACUGGAGAUAGAAUCAGGAAAAAUGUUGUCCACUUUCUGUUCUUGGAAGGAUAUUUACAUUAAAUAACAAAUGGAACUGCAGUCUUGUAGGUGAGUAGAUUUUGGGUUGGUUCUUUUAGUAUUUGCUGCUGUUGAGUUUAAAUUCUCCUUCUAGUUGGUGCAGGCCACGUAUCUCCUCAAAGGAAGUGGGCUUGGAUGCCAGUGCUCCUGAUGUGCCAUUUUCCAUUAAUAUUCUGGUACCCCUGUUUCUUUCUUUUGGCAUGAGUGCCACUGCGUACAAUGAAAGCGUCUGAGUUCUUGAUUAAGAAAGAUGAAAACAGUUGUAAGCAACCCCCAGAAAAUAAGCUGAAUUAGGCUGUGAAGUCUGGUACUUCGACAUGAGCAAAUGCACAGAUACAGUUCUGUUCAGAGGUUUAUGUAAGUUAAAACAGCUAAGAGGAUACACUCAUGCGUUAGCUGGUCACGCACAGCGAAGAUGGGUUUCAGAAUUGGACGUGACAGGGGUCUGUGUGCAACACAAUUCGUUUAUUUCUUCACGAUUUGAACUCUGUAAAUAAUAGCAGCAUAAGAAAAUGACAAUUUUGUUCUGCCUAGAAUUUCUUUUGACGUGCAGUGUCCUAGAGUUUAGUUUUUAAAUAUCACUGUCAAAUAUAGAAGUACUCAUAACCAAUGUGCUCUUCAUGUACAUGAAUUCUCUUGAGGACUGUCACAAGAAUGGGCCAUGGGGGUUUUUCUGUUGCUUUUUUUUUUUUUUCUUUUAAGUGGCAGCACUCGAGUUUUUGUCGUUAUUUUCCCUCCACUUUGCUAGUUUUUUACCUUGCUACAGCAAAUGGAAAUGUUGCACUGGAUCCUUUUUAUUCAUUCAGUCGUAAAGAUAAGAGCAGCCAACCCAGAUGCUUUAGAUAAUUUUCAGGUUUUACCCACACGGUUUCAUAAUAAUGACUUUGAAAAGGUGGAGGUGAUUUACUACAUAUGACUCUUUCUGAGAAAAAUAGUAGAAAGCAAAUUGCUUAGAAACACUUCAGACAUGAAAGAAACAUGGUUUUAAGUAUUCUUUCACUUAAUGUAUAUCCAAAAGAUAAAAGUCUUUUCUGUGUUCCAGAUCAGCACUCUUUGAAAAGAUAACAUAUCAUUCAUGAUAUUAUGGUGCUUUGCUGAUAUCUGCCUAUUGUGAACAGUUCAUCCAGACACUUAAUGAAUUAAUAUUAUUUACUAAAUGCAGUCAUCCUGACAGUAACUAUUUGCUUGCAUAACUUUUCUUUAAUGCUUCUGUAUUAAUGAAAGAGAUGUAUUAUAUAUAUUUAAAGAAUAGUUUCAGUGGUGCCUACUACUGUUCCAUUAGGGAAGCUUUGUUAGCUACACAUCUACAUCAGUGCCCUUCAGGAAACUUAUUUUUCUGUGGCUAUUCUUUAAGGUGACAUGUAGACAAUAUUUCCAUAACAAGUGACAUUUGAAAACAUGCUUUCAUGUAAAAAACACAUUAUCAUGUAAAAAUACUGGUCCUCAUUUUAAUGUGCUCUUAAUAACAAGGCAACAAAGACAACUUUGCAAAGAGAUUUUAAGUGUAUUCCGUACUCUCCACUGACUUGUGAUAUGAGUUUUACCAGUAGAGUAUGUUAUAUAUUAAGAAAUGGUACCAUUUUUUUAACUUCCUCCCUUCCCCCUACAGGAAUAAGUAGUACAAACAGAAGCACUGUGUUUGUCUGGCACACACUUGGUAGCUGUGCCCCUUCUUAAUAGCGCUGAUUUAGUUAGUGGUAAAACUUCUGAUGUGGCUGAGAUCUGGUUUUGCAAACAGCCCUCUGAGAACUUGGCCUCCUGUCAAAUUCAUAUCAAAAGUAAUUUUAGCAGUCUGCAUUUUUCUCAGGAAACAAAUUAUUGUCAAUUGCUUUAAAUACAAGGUCAGAUGGAUACUCACGUUCACAUACAAAUGUGUUACAGUUGCUUACGUGUAAACUUUCACUUGUUCAGCUUUCUAAGUCGGCCUUGAAAGAUGGAGAAAGGAUGGGUUAUGAUCAUUUUAGGCUUUCAUUCCCUUUGCCCUUAGUUCUUUCACUGUGUUGGUUUCACUGGCACAGCUGCCCAGAGAGCUGUGGGUGCCCCAUUCCUGGAGGUUCUCAGGGCCGGGCUGGGUGGACCGCGAGCAGCCCAUUUGCAGUGCCAGCCCCUAUUCUGCUCACGGUCAGGAUGGAACACGUGCCAGCACAGGGGGCUGUGCAGUGCUAAGCAUGUCCCAUUGGAGCAGAACUGGCAGGGGAGCUUACGGCAGCCGCAGCUGUGGCUGCUCUGUGCUGGGUCUGCCUGAGCUGCCAUGGGUGUUGCAGUCUUAACCCAGGUGCUUCACAACCACCACCAGAUCCUGGCAUCUGCAAAGCCACCCUGCCAUGUUGUAGCUGCACGUGUUGAAACAGCUGCUUGGCGUGGUUAAAAUUAAGUGAUGAUUAUUUUUUUAAUUUCUUAAAAACGUUUUGAGAAUAGCUUUUUGUAUACUUUUAAUAAAAUCUAGCUAUCAACUGUAACAAUUUUCGACCCCAUUAAAUAACCUCUAAAACAGGACUUUGCUCCCUUCACAGCUAUACAAAUAUUCAAAAGCAAGCUUUGCCACUUCAUCCUGUUCUGUGAGUCAGCUAUGUGUGUGUCCAAUGACUUUUGGCCUGGUUUUGGUUUUAGAUGUUUGUAGAUUGCCUGGAUCCCUGUGCCUAUCCAUAUAAACCUCGUGAGCUGGCAAGCUGUAGUUGCCAGGAGUGUGCAUAAACAGAUGUAGCUGAGGCCGUACUGCUAGUUACGUGAGCUUGGCUUGGGUGCACCUGCUGGGGCCUGCUUGAUCUGCUCCCACAGUGCUGAGCUUCUACUUCUAGAAGUGAGAACAGAAUUCACUGCUUGCAGUUCAAGUGGAAAGUUAAGGGCUGCUUUCACUUUAGGUGUUCUGCUGUAGACCAUUGGGCUGCUGAUAAAGGACUGAAAUCAGAGUUGGAAAUUGCAGGGCCACUUCUGGAGGGCCUUUUUCUACUGUUAGUGACUGAGCACCUUACUCCUAAUGAACCUUUUGGCUAAAUAGGCCUCAAACAGUCCCUUUUGUUCCAAGGCAAACAGUCCACGCUGCACUGACAUUUAAGUGUCCCCACAACACAGCGGGAGCAGCCAGCUGUGGUCUGGGCUUCAGUCAGACUCAGCAGCUCCCUUCUUUCCUCAGCAGUUCCCCCUUCCCGCAGAGAUGUGAUCAGAGACAAAAAGCAGUGAAAUGUGGCCCCUGGAGACCUGCAAUCCAAAUAGUGCAACACUGCACAUUAAAGAUGCAGCCAAAUGUUGUGACAAUAAGGAGGAUUUGCUUACAUAUAUUUUGCCUUUUUUUCUAUGUUUACCUUUACAUUUUUCCUGUGUACCUUUUUUGCCCGGUGGUAUUGGCUGUUUCUCUGCAGCAUCUUCUGAUGUGUCAUACCGUGACAGGUGUCAGAAGGGACACAGCACUGCCGGAUGGUCAUUCUGACAUCCCAGACCUCAGAUGUGUUCUAGAGCAGUUAGAAGAGAGCAUUUGAAAUGUAUGGGAUGAAAAAUGGUGCAGGCCUAGUGAAUAUAGCAUUGUUCAAAGAUGUGGUAAUAAGUUAUUCCGUUUAAGAAUAUAAAAUACAGAACCAUGUUCUCUCCUGCCUUGGUCACACGUUCAAAGGAGUAGUUUUACCUCAAUGCAGUAGUUAUGACUCCAGAUACCCGUGUAUUAAGGUGAGAAGACACCCCUAAAAGUGUGGAUAGUUACAGUAUCCCUAAAUUUGCCUUUCCUGAUUCAGAAUAUAAUGCAUUGUCGGUGAAUUUCAUUUUUAUUAUUCCAAAAUAUAUAUUUUUUAAAAAGUGUUAUUUUUCAACAGAUCCAUAAACUAAGUGUUGGUGUAUGGUAAACUUAAAAUACCACUGUUAGUUACACUGUGAUUGUGAUAUUUUAAUAAUUACAUAUUUCUAAUUUGUCUCAGCCGUGCUGCAGAAGCGGCAUGCUGUUAUGUUUUAAAGGUGUUUUUAACUUACCUAUAAAUGUUUUUUUUUCUAAUUUGUGUCUUUAAAUCUGAUUAAACUGUAGUUAC